CAACUGCGUGGCCGCCGGCAGCGGGGAGCGGGCCGUGGCGGCAGGGCCGCGGCCAUGAGCGCCGCGCUGGUGGGCUACAGCAGCUCCGAGGAGGAGCAGGAGCAGGAGCAGGAAGGGGGGAGCCGGGGCGGCGGCGCGCAGGGGCCGCCCGGGGCCAGCGCCGGCCGCCCCCGCCUGCCCGUGCCCGCCGGCCUGCCCGGAGACCCGGACCCGGAGGAGGCCGUGAGCGAUGACAGCUCCCGGCACGGCGGCCGCGUGCGCGGCUUCCCCCACGAGCGGGGCAACUGGGCCACGCACGUCUACCUGCCCUACACUGCCCAGGAGGAGUUCCUGGAGCUGCUGGAGCUGCUGGUGUCCCACGCCCGCACCUUCGUGCCGUCGCUGGCUGCCAUGGAGGAGUUCCACCUGAGCCUCUCGCAGUGCGUGGUGCUGCGCUACCACUGGAUUGAGCCCUUCGUCCGCUCCCUCCGGGAGCGCCUGGCCGCCUUCCACAGGUUCUUCUGCGUGGCUGACCAAGUGAAGGUUUACACCAAUCAGAACAAAACCAGGACUUUUAUUGGCUUGGAGGUCUCUGCUGGGCAUUUCCAGCUGCUGGAGCUGGUCUCGGAGGUGGAUGGUGUUCUAGAGGAAUUUGACCUUCCCACAUUCUACAAGGACCCAUCGUUCCACAUCAGCUUGGCCUGGUGCGUGGGGGACCUGGCUGGCAGGCUGGAAGGGCAGUGUUUGCGGGAGCUCCAGGACAUUGUGGAUGGGUUUGAGGAGUCAGCAUUCCUGCUGCGUAUCCAAUGGGAGCAAAUCCGCUGCAAGUCAGGGAACAAGUACUUCUCCUUCCCCUUGAGGUAGGGGCGGGCAGGGCUGUGCCUUUUGGAGCCCCGAAGAGCCUGACACUGUAACAAGGGCUGCAGUCUGGCACAGCUCUGCCUGGUGUGGGCUGUCACGCACCUCUGCGCUCUUCUUGCCUGCUCAGCGUCUCUGUGGCGUUGGUGGCCUCAAGUUGGCCACUUGCAGUUUGAGCUGCUGGCUGAAGAAAAGUGUGCUUGUAGCAGAUUUCAUCCUUGCUGCUGGAUGUGCUGCAGUCAGCACUGGCGGUUCCAGACAUCCCACGGACGCUAAUUUUGCUGAUUUUUGAAAAAAAAAAAAAAAAGAAGGAAAAAAAAAUCUUCAAAAGCCAUAGAUGCCUUAUGGGAAGGAGGAAGAAGGUAGCGUGGGAAGCUGCUACUAAAGGGAGAGUGUCUCGCACAGUGGGAAGUAGCACUGCCAGAUUGUUGGGAGGCUCUGGGCAUGUCUUUGAGUAGCAAGAGGGAAGGACAUGGAGCUGGAUCCUCUUCCCUGAGUGUUUUUCUACUGUAAGCCAGCUCGGACAAGCUCCUGAGUCAUGUUGUGUCCCUGUCACACUGCUGCUGCCUCUGUAGAGACAUUUCAGUGUCUGAUCCUUUUGCCAAAGAGCAAGAGCUUGCUGCCAGGUGUGGGUGAGCCCUGGAACGGACAGUGUCAGUGUUUGCCUGAGCUGGGAGGGCAGUGCCCACAGGUGAGUCAAGGGGUGGCAGCUCCUGGCCAGGCUCUACACUUUUUCCCUGUGUGAUCAGCACCCCAGGUGGAUGAUGACCCAGGGGAUCGCAGGCUGGACAUUGUCCCUUGGGAGAAACUCCUUUUUAAUCCUUUUGUCCCUGUGGGUUGGGCAGCCGCAACCUCUCAGGUACUUGGAACAGGAUGCUGAUGUGCUGCCCUGAAUCUUUUAUUCCAUGUCUGUCCAGGACUUCUGAGCAGUAAAAGUCUGUUUCCUCAUGUCAUAAAA